CAGGGGCUCUGUCCUUCGUGCGGCGGCCCGGUUCCGCCCCGCCCCUCGCCGUGCCACGGCCCAGCCCCGCUCAGACUCCGCCUCUGGCCCCGCCCACGCCGCUCGCUUCCCGCCCCUCGCGGCCCCACAUACUCUGCGGCGGGCACCCACACCGCCGGAGCCGGCAAGCUGGUGACUGCCGCUGCUGCGCGUCCUCGUCUUCCCGCGUCACUGCUGCCGCCAUGCCUGGAGGUCUCCUUCUUGGGGACGAGGCUCCCAACUUCGAGGCCAAUACUACCAUCGGCCGUAUCCGUUUCCACGACUAUCUGGGAGACUCAUGGGGCAUUCUCUUCUCGCACCCUCGGGAUUUCACCCCUGUGUGUACCACAGAGCUCGGCAGAGCCGCAAAGCUGGCACCCGAAUUUGCCAAGAAGAACGUGAAAAUGAUUGCCCUCUCAGUGGAUAGUGUUGAAGACCAUCUUGCCUGGAGCAAGGAUAUCAAUGCUUACAAUGGUCAGGAGCCCACAGAAAAAUUACCUUUCCCCAUCAUUGAUGAUAAGAGUCGGGACCUUGCCAUCCUGUUAGGCAUGCUGGACCCAGCAGAGAAGGACGAAAAGGGCAUGCCUGUGACAGCUCGUGUGGUAUUUAUCUUUGGUCCUGAUAAGAAGCUGAAGCUGUCUAUCCUCUACCCAGCAACCACUGGCAGGAACUUUGAUGAGAUUCUCAGGGUAAUUACCUCUCUCCAGCUGACAGCGGAAAAGAGGGUUGCCACCCCCGUUGAUUGGAAGGAUGGUGAUAGCGUGAUGGUUCUUCCAACCAUCCCUGAAGAUGAAGCCAAAAAAAUUUUCCCUAAAGGAGUCUUCACCAAAGAGCUCCCGUCUGGCAAGAAGUACCUCCGUUACACGCCCCAGCCAUAGUCCCCCAAGGAGGUGGUUAGCACAGUGAGCCAGGGGACACCGGCUGCCAGUCAUGUUCUCCUGCACCUGUUCCAUAACAACAUCCUGGUGUGAUCACAGCCAAGGCCUUUAGGUUGCUAUACUACUGGCUUAUUAAACAAAAUGGCACUAAAAAUUUCUUGGGAUCCUUUCCUCUGUGCCUUCACCAGCAUUCUGUUCUGUUCCUCCACCGUAGCACUCUCUGCUGUCUCUGAAAUGUAGUCUGUAUGUGAGAUUCAAGUCUUGGAUGUCUACAGGAUGUGGGGUCGAUGAGGUAGUGUCAGUUGAUGGUGGAGAAAGUCUGUUCUACUCCAUCAUAGAAUGACUGUCAGGUUUUCAGCUGUUCCAGUCAAAUCCAGAACUUGACGUUCAGAUUCCCCUGUAGAUACGAGUAUAUAACCCAAAAACCUGUAGAGUAUCCAGAAAUUCUCCACUCUUCAGGGUUUUGAUCGCAGCGGGGGCAACAAACUUUUCAAUUCUAUACUUUUUCAGUAGAUAACUGAAGUGGGAUGAGCGGGGGAGGAAUCUUUAAAUAUUUUGUUAUAACGAAAAAUUUUCGAGAAAUUUCUAUUAAAAAAGAGAGGCUAUAGAAGUUCCACUUGCCUGCCUGCCGGGGAGGUGGACCAGGAGGUGUGAGCGAUACGACAGUGCCAUGUGCCUUUCAUGCAAAGUAUUUCCAUAUGUCUGUCUGCUCUACACUGAUGGGCGCGAGCAAGAGCACACCUUGGGAAGAAAGGAGGAAAUGAUUGAAAAUGUUUUGUUAUAGAACUAUUCUUGCAGUGAGGGGGUGGGGCUGUUUUCUGAGUUUUGCUUUUUGGGGAUCAGCAAAUAAAUUCUUUGUUAAAACUGGA